GUGAGGCAGCUGGUUCGGCAGAGGCUCGUGGUGAGGAUGGAGGGAACAGACCAGUAGAGGAGUCCGGAUUACGGCUGCUGUGGGUGACCACUCGUGGCUGAGGUUUCCUGGAGACAGGGGCAACGGACUGGCGGUGAAUGAAGAUCCUGGAGCUCCUUAAGAAGGCAGGUGUGUCGAUGAGGUAAUUUAGUGUCAUACAGCACCAACGCCAGGGGUCCCCAAAUCCAGGCCUUGGGGGUUGAUGUCCAACAUGUUUUCCAACCAACCUGCCAUUGAAACCCCUUAUUGGCUAAACACACCUGAUCCAGUGAGGUUCUUGGAUGCCUGGAUCGGCCGGGAUGCUGCGCAGUCUGCCCCGAGCUCUGGGGUGUGGGGUGCCGGGCCUCCUGCCUUUACUGGAGCCCUCAGUGGGAUCAAGGGAAGGCGCCCUCUGCUGGACGCUUCCUCUCCUCACCACCUGCAGUGGGCAGGCCCAUCGCUGACAGCUGUUCCGUGAUAGGCUGCUCCAGGAGGAGUCUGCCAUGACACCGUGGAUGCUGCACAGAAGCAGAUCUACGGCAUCAGCAGCCAGAGGUCCUCUAUCCUCCUUUGCUAUCCCUCUCUUUCUUCUCCUCCUUUUUGCCUCUCCUCCUCCUGCCACCACCCUUGCUCUGUCUUUUUCUGUUCCUUCCCCCCUCCGUCAGCGGACGUGCGCAGGCCUUUCACACUGCAGCAGAGGAUCGUGUAUAUGCAUCAGGAGCUGGAACAGCAGCAGCAGCAGCAGCAGCAUCAGCAGGCGAACUGCUGUCCUCAUCACCGUCCUUUUCAUUUUCCCUCCUGAAUCUCUCCUUUAUGAUUUCUCCAAACGCUCUCCGUCCGCCCUCUUCAUCUCCCCUUUCACGACCUCUCCUCUCUCUCUGGCCGGCCGGUUCCCCAGGAUGCCGUGCUUUAGGCCGCUCUGGUAGGCCCUAGCAGCAUGGGCGGAGUCUGGGUGGGAAGAGAGAUCACGGAUUGGACCCUUCCUCUCAGGACGGGCGUGCUGGCGGGUCACCUUUCCUCAGCUUCAGAUGGGCGAGGUCGCAGAGAGCCCCAAAAUCAACCACACUUUUCUACGAGACUAUGUCACUGAAGCUGAUGUCAUCUCUACGGUGGAGUUCAACCAGACAGGGGACCUGCUGGCCACAGGGGAUAAAGGUGGCAGAGUUGUCAUCUUUCAAAGAGAGUCUGAGUCUAAAGGGGAAUCGGAAGAGACGGGGGAGACUGUAGACUCGGGGGAGUACAAUGUCUACAGCACCUUCCAAAGUCACGAGCCAGACUUUGACUACCUGAAGAGUCUGGAAAUAGAGGAGAAAAUCAACAAGAUCAGAUGGCUGCCGCAGCAGAACGCCGCACAUUUUCUCCUCUCCACCAACGAUAAGACCAUUAAACUGUGGAAAGUGAGCGAAAGAGACAAGAGACCAGAGGGAUACAACCUGAAAGAUGAGGAGGGACGGCUUAAAGAUAUUUCUACCAUCACUUCUUUGCAGGUCCCGGUGCUAAAGCCAACAGACCUCAUGGUAGAAGUCCGUCCAAGGCGGGUUUUCUCUAAUGGACAUACGUACCAUGUCAACUCGAUCUCUGUUAACAGCGAUGGAGAGACCUAUUUGUCUGCUGAUGACCUCCGUAUCAACAUGUGGCACUUGGGCAUCACAGAUCGUAGUUUCAACAUUGUAGACAUCAAACCCACCAACAUGGAGGAUCUGACGGAGGUGAUAACAGCAGCAGAGUUUCACCCGCAACACUGCCACUUGUUUGUGUACAGCAGCAGCAAGGGAACCCUGCGCCUCUGUGACAUGAGGGCCUCUGCGCUUUGUGACAAACACACCAAACUUUUUGAAGAACCUGAAGAUCCAGGAAACCGCUCAUUCUUUUCAGAAAUCAUUUCCUCCGUGUCGGAUGUCAAGUUCAGUCACAAUGGCCGCUACCUGCUGACGAGAGAUUACCUCACCGCCAAGGUUUGGGACUUGAACAUGGAAAAAGGCCCUGUGGAAACAUACCAAGUGCAUGAAUAUCUGAGGAGUAAGCUGUGCUCCCUCUACGAAAAUGAUUGCAUCUUUGACAAGUUUGAGUGUGUAUGGAACAGCUCCGACAGCGUGAUCAUGACGGGUGCCUACAACAGCUUCUUCCGGAUGUUCGAUAGGGAGACGGGGCGAGGUGUGACGCUGGAGGCCUGGCGGGAGAGCAGCAAGCCUCGGGCUGUGCUGAGGACUCGGCGCGUGUAUACCGGUGGUAAACGUCGUCGAGGCGACGUGGGCGUGGACAGCCUGGACUUCACCAAGAAAAUCCUGCACAUGGCGUGGCACCCGUCGGAGAAUAUAAUCGCCAUAGCCGCCACCAACAACUUGUACAUCUUUCAGGAUCGCGUAAACCCAGACACUCAAACACAAUGACAAGAAAGGGAAGGAAGAAGGUGGCAGAUGAAGGUUUUUUCUUGUCUGUCCAAAAAAAAAAGGAAAAAUCACCUUAAAAACCUUUGAAUGUAGGCACUUGAGAAUGGCAUGUGAAGAUGGGAGUCUUUAUUUCAAAGCCAUGCUGUUUAACAACAUCAAGAUGUAGCCUUUUUGGAUUUGAGUAUCAUAAUGCAAGAUUUUUUUUCAUUAAUGCUAAAUUCUUCAGGAUGGUGUUGGGGGUCCACCCUCAGGACAUAUUGUAUCCAGAGUCAAGCAUCCAUGCACGCUCACACUCACUUAGAUUCACCAACCACCGCAAAAUGCAUGUUUUUGGAUGACGGGGAAGAGGCCGGAGUGCAAGAGGUGAAACCCAACAGUCAGAGGACGACAUCGGACCCACUCACAGACCGAUCUUGACAUUUUUAUUGAAGUUUCUUGAUGGUCGACGCAGGUUAGAUCCACUUUUUUUUUCAGCUCUGAGAUAAAUCUCUAGUGACUUUUCCUAAUUUUUGAAGGAAUAUUUAGACAGUUUCCCACUGUAGGGAAUUGAACGAGGUGCGGGGACACCUCUAUCUGCAAUGACUGAGCUGAUGAUAACACACCGUUACACCAGUCACUGAUGUGCUCUCCUGCAGAAAUGAACUGUGUGCUCGGUAGCAUCAGGCGCUCAUAUUUGGGAUAGCUUUGGGACUGAGGAGCACAGAGCACUUCUUCAUCAAAGCGUUUUAAAUGUGGAACAUUCUUUAAAAAACAACAUGUUUGUCUUCUUCUGAUAGGCUACAACAGCUAUAUUCUCUCCUUCAGAGCAGUGCUCAUGGAGGUUGCACGCUUUAUUGGCCCACAGUCUCACUUUGCAAUAAAAGCAGAGCAGCACAGUCUGCUUUAACACUUGAGAUCUUCUACAGGAAACAACUUUCUUUUUACAUUUAACUGUAAAUACGUAUUUAUUUUUAAAGUGAUUCCAGUUUGGGUCCCUGACAGACUUUUGUUUUGGCAUUGCAAUGAUUGUGAGAUCUAAUUUAUUAAACGGCUGUGCAUUUCUGAUAUCUUGUGAAGCAAUACCUAGAUAGUUUUUGCUGGCUGUUAAAAAGGAAAUGGGUAAAUUGUUCACCAACAAAUCACUUGUUUUGUGUCUUUGAAACCUGUAUGUUGGAUUGAAUUUCUGUACGUCUGGAGUCUGUGUACUGUUUAUGGUGAAUAAUUACACUUUAGGAAGGGAGCAUCUGUUGCAAGGUCAAUGGCUGAGACUGAGUACUGAAUUAAAAAAAAGGACAGUUUAUUUAUAGUGUGUAAGCACAUAUUAAGGGAUCUCACAAUCAAGAAAACUUGCACAUUGUUUAUAAAGAAGUUCCUAAGUCUGACCUGUGUUUGGGUCUAAUUCUAGUCAGAGAUAGUUGUCGGUGCAAUAACUCAUGAUGUACUUCACUCAAAUGUUAAAACAUUAAGGUUGUGAAUUAAUCAUGCAAAAUCACAGGAUUUAUUUACCACACAGUGUACCUCACAAAAUUGAAAACACCACAUGAAAUGGAUGUGCAGGUUUCCAUGAACUGUGCGACAAGUUCUUUUAGUGCUUACAAUGAAUCAUUUUGUUUUCAAGUGUCCUUGGUCCUGGUGGAUUUAAUGUGAGUCAAAGAAUUAGAGCACAGGAAGAGCACAUUUUAUUUCCAUCUCAAUCUUUUCUUGGAUUGGUGUUUUGGUUUUAUUCAAAAAAUAAUUCGGAAUAAAAAUUCAGAAUGAAUUAUUUACAGUUUCAUUUUGAAUUUAACUGCAGCAACUGGUAUCAAAUGACCCCAAAUUAAGUUCCUGUUUGUUUCUGCUUCCCACAGACAUACCAGAUCUGUUGCGAAAAAAAUACGGUAAAUAAAAAAACUUGUCACUUAUGGCAUAUAUCAUCAAAAGAUUAUCAGAAUUUCAAGAAAUCUCUGGGCGCAUUGGUCAAAAACUAUAAUGGAUUUUCUGUGAUGUUAGUGCUCUGAGGUGGCAGCGUUUUAAAACUUGCUUUGAUUAUAGAACAUUGCAUGCAAGCCGUUUAAGAACAUAAACUAAAGGUUGUUUACUUUUUGUGGCUAGGCCAAGGGGUUUUGUGGUUUUUCACAUUUGGAGAUGAGGAGGGAAAAAGAUCAUUGGAGGAAGGGCAGCACAGUUAGCUUGCUUGACCCUUCAUAAUCUGAAAACAUGCAGCACAUUUGGAAAGAAAUAGCUUUUUCAUAAAUGAUCCACCUCUCCCAAUGACUGGUGAACUUGUAACCAGGUGCUUUAAAAAAAAAAAAA